AUGGAUUAUAAAUUAAAAAUAAAAACUGAUCCCCAAUUGUUGGAUCUGUUUAAAAAAAUUAAAAAGUCUAAAGUUGAUAUUCCUACUCAUGUCAGCGAAUGUUUUUCUGUUAAAAUGUUAGACCUAGAAGCCUUUAAGUGGUUUAGUGAAAAUUUGAAAAAAAUUGAUGGUCCCCCUUUACACACAUUAAUUACUGAAGAAAGUAUAGUUUUACCUAGUCCACCAAUUGUGGAGUCAAGUCCGGAGUACAAAGAAAAAAUGAGAAAGUUAGAGCAACGUCUAAAGAACAAAGAAUAUGAUGCUAUGACAAAAAAUGUAGAUUUUCGAAGAGUUAGAUUACCUGAAGAUACAAUUUCUUAUCAAAUUAAACAAAUCAAUAGACAGUUAAUAGCAGUUCUCCAAUUUGUAAUUUCAACUGCCGCUGGUUUUCUAUUUGGAUUUUUGGGUAUUGAAUUGAUGCUAAGUACAACUUUUGAUUUGGGAUUUAAGUUAUUAUUGGGAAUCAUAUGUGCUUUAAUUAUAGCAUUAGCUGAAAUUUACUUUUUAGCCAAAAAAUUAGCUGAGGACUAUGAACCAUUAGAUACAAGUGGCAAAGUUCAUCAAGAUUAAUUAUUGUAAUUGAUUUAUAUGACUUAUUCUUAUUUACUUCAAAUAACUAAAAUAAUUAAAAGUAUGUUUAAAAUUAUAUAAUAAAAAUAGUUAUAUUUUUACCUAUUUAUUUAUGUAUACAAAUUAAUGAAUAAAACAUUUCUUUAUUAAGAAAAAUA